UAUCCUAUCCACUAAUAAAAACACAACACAACUUGCUUUCACGGAUGUUGUCUUCCUCUCUCAAUUUCUAAUAUUUUCUUCUUCUCUCUCCCUCUUUCAAAUUCUCACAAAAACAUGGUGGCUUUGGUUUCUCAAGAAAACGUUGUUGCAUUGGUUUCUCGUACGGGUAGGGAGUUGCAACGCUAUAGAAAGGGUCGUCGCCAAGUCGUGGGAUGCAUACCAUACAGAUAUAAAAUUGGUGAUCAAACUUCCUUGGACGCACAAGAAGAAUUAGAAGUUUUGGUUAUCACUUCUCAGAAAGGCAAAGGGAUGCUAUUUCCUAAGGGAGGGUGGGAAUUGGACGAAUCCAAAAAGGAGGCAGCUUUGCGAGAAACCAUAGAGGAAGCAGGGGUGCGAGGCACUGUUGAGGGUAAAUUGGGCAAGUGGAGUUUCAAGAGCAAGACACAUGAUACAUUUUAUGAAGGCUACAUGUUCCCUCUACUUGUUCAAGAGCAAUUGGAGUUGUGGCCCGAACAGAAUGUUCGUCAAAGAAUAUGGAUGAGCAUUUCUGAAGCAAGGGAAGUUUGUCAACACUGGUGGAUGAAGGAAGCUCUAGAGAGACUAGUAAACCGGAAACUUGGUCGUGUGAGACAAAUAGAAAUAGUAGGUUCUAUACAUUGCAUAGGAGAUGGCAAUUCUGACUUGUAAACAGCUCUACCCCUUUUAAUUAGCUUUUCUUGGACGGAAUGAACUCAGGAAUAUAUAAUAGUAUAGUACAGUCCAAACAAGUGAUUGAAUUAGAAAAAGAAAAAAGAAAAAUUAAUAGGAAUGGUAAAUUACAUAGAAGUUGUCAAUUCCCCCCAUUAAGAUACAGUACUUCAUAUCUGAUUGGGCCACAUUAUGGAACAUGGAUGUGAGAAUUCACUGCAUCUGUGUAGAGUGAGACUUCUGAAAAUCCAUUGUUCAAUAAAAUAUUUGAUUUUGUUUGUAUGCAACAGUUGAUAACAUCUGAAGAAUUUGGGAGAACUACCAUGUUAAUGAAAAAAAA